GGACAUGUGAUGCAGCUACUUAUUGAAGCCAUAGACAUGUUCCUAGUAGGAACCGCCAUGCUUAUUUUCGGGAUGGGCUUGUACGUCAUGUUUGUUGGAACAAAGACAAUGAAAGAAAAGGGGUCAGGGCUUUCGGAAUCAAACUUCUUUGGACUCUUCUAUUUGAAGUCAAUACCAACAUGGGUUGGGAUGCAAUCAGUUUCUCAAGCCAAAUCGAAAAUCGGCCAUGCUGUGAUGAUGAUACUUCAAGUGGGAGUGUUGGACAAGCUAAAGAGUGUACCUGUGGUUACGGGGUUGGAUCUUGCAUGUGUUGCCGGGGCUGUGUUUAUUUCUUCGGCUUGCAUCUACCUUCUCUCUAAACUCUCUGUCGGAAGUACUAUGGAAGAUUUGUAAAGCAAUAGGAAUUCAUACAUGGAUCAAUAUAUUACAGGCCUCAAAAGGAAAUGUUAUGGUUCAUCACACAAUAUUCUUUUAUUAGAAUGAACUGUGUGUGUGUAUAUAUAUAUAUAUAUAUCUAACUAGAGAAAGCAGGGAAUCCCUGCGUUUAUGAGAGUUAUGUAAGAUUAUACAUACACAGAGGAAGAAGCAUAAAAGA